UUCCGGCCUGGGACGGAGCUGUAGCGGCACUGUAGCUGCGAGGGUAGCGCCGCGUGUGUAACUGCGGGGGCGUGUCGGCGGGAAGGACAGCCGGGCCAGGACUCGCGGUGUCCGGGUGACCGCGGCUUCCCGGGAGCAGACCUCUGUGGGCACUGUGAGGCGGAACGGAGCGGCGGGGCAGGAGCUGUUCUGGGCAGGUGAAGGCAGGCUCGUGGCUGAAGGACCUCCUUCUCAUCUUCCACAGGGGCUGAAAGUUAAAACCCCGCCUUCAUCCCUCGUGGAGUCUACCCCAAGCCCCUCUCCUCUCCCCAAUUCUUGUCACCUUCGAGGAGGCCAUGGAAACCCCAACACCUUUACCGCCUGUACCCGCCUCCCCGACCUGCAACCCAGCCCCACGGACAAUCCAGAUCGAGUUCCCGCAGCAUAGCUCAUCGCUGCUGGAAUCUCUGAAUCGCCACAGGCUAGAGGGAAAGUUCUGUGAUGUGUCCCUCCUGGUGCAGGGCCGGGAACUUAGGGCUCAUAAAGCAGUGUUGGCUGCUGCCUCUCCUUACUUCCAUGACAAGCUGCUUCUGGGGGAUGCGCCUCGUCUCACUCUACCAAGUGUCAUUGAAGCCGAUGCCUUCGAGGGGCUGCUCCAGCUCAUUUAUUCAGGGCGUCUCCGCCUGCCACUGGAUGCUCUUCCUGCUCAUCUCCUUGUGGCCAGUGGCCUUCAAAUGUGGCAAGUAGUAGAUCAGUGCUCAGAGAUUCUUAGAGAAUUAGAAACUUCAGGUGGUGGAAUUUCAGCCCGUGGAGCAAACUCCUACCAUGCCCUUCUUUCCACUACAUCCUCUGCAGGAGGCUGGUGCAUUCGCUCUUCGCCUUUCCAGACCCCAGUACAGUCCUCUGCUUCCACUGAAAGCCCCGCUUCCACUGAGAGCCCUGUGGGAGGGGAGGGAAGUGAACUGGGAGAAGUGCUGCAAAUUCAGGUGGAAGAAGAAGAGGAGGAGGAGGAAGAAGAUGAUGAUGAGGACCAGGGGUCAGCCACACUCUCUCAGACUCCUCAGCCCCAGAGAGUAUCAGGGGUUUUUCCCCGUCCUCAUGGACCCCACCCACUGCCCAUGACUGCUACCCCCCGAAAGCUUCCAGAGGGUGAGAGUGCACCCCUUGAGCUUCCUGCCCCUCCUGCACUGCCCCCCAAAAUCUUCUACAUUAAGCAGGAACCCUUCGAGCCUAAGGAGGAGAUAUCAGGAAGUGGAACUCAGCCUGGAGGAGCAAAGGAGGAAACCAAAGUGUUUUCUGGAGGGGACACUGAAGGGAAUGGGGAGCUAGGGUUCUUGUUGCCUUCAGGGGCAGGGCCAACAUCUGGGGGAGGGGGUCCAUCCUGGAAACCAGUGGAUCUUCAUGGGAAUGAAAUCCUAUCAGGGGGUGGAGGACCUGGGGGAGCAGGCCAGGCCGUGCAUGGGCCUGUGAAGCUAGGGGGGACACCCCCUGCAGAUGGAAAACGCUUUGGUUGCCUGUGUGGGAAGCGGUUUGCAGUGAAGCCAAAGCGUGACCGGCACAUCAUGCUGACCUUCAGCCUUCGGCCUUUUGGCUGUGGCAUCUGCAACAAGCGCUUCAAGCUGAAGCACCAUCUGACAGAGCACAUGAAGACCCAUGCUGGAGCCCUGCAUGCCUGUCCCCACUGUGGCCGUCGGUUCCGAGUCCAUGCCUGUUUUCUCCGCCACCGGGACCUAUGCAAGGGCCAGGGCUGGGCCACUGCCCACUGGACUUACAAGUGACUGCUGAGGCUAUACACUAGCUUCUAGAACAAGAUAACCACUGCUGCUGAUGGAUACUUUUCCCUCACUACCAUGGCACACCAGUCAUGGAUCUUGUAAUCAUGCCAAGAGAAUAGAUACAUUAUGGACCACUUGUUCUUAGAUAAGGCCCUCUCAGCCUGGCAGAUGUGGAAACUCAAAUUUCUCGUCCCACUCCAGGUUUUGGCUAGCCAACCCUGCAGGAAAGUGGUUCAUAGGCCAUUCAUACUAAGUUGAUCACUUGUCCAUGGUGGACAUUUUUGUAGUGGUGAUGUCCAUUAAGGAAACCAGAUUUUCAAUUAUUUAGUGAAAGAGGAGUUAGAGCAAAAGACAGUGGUAAAUGUUUUAUUCCGUCUCCAUGAGGAAUUGAAGGAGUUGGUUUCCACCUAGAGAUACAUUUGAUUUAGAGCUUAAGUAAUUCAGAGGCUAAGCUCUAAGCUUUUUUUCUCUCAUUGCUGGAAUGAUUUAAGCAGAAGUCCUUUUGUGUACUUUUAAAAUUGUAUCUUUCCAGGAACCCCUCAGAUUGUACCUUGCUUUCUCACCAGUAGACACCUUCCCAACACUUUUUUAAUGUUGUAGUUGAGCACUUUAACAAGUUGAGCAUUCCAUGUUUCAUUCUUAGAACCUUCUUUAAUAGAGGGCAUUCCCUCAACAGCCUGUGCCUCUGGUCUACCUUUGACCACCACUGAUAACUAAUAACUAAUAUAUUGGUCACAAUGACUGGAAUGUGACUAGUGAUCUCAGGAGAUGGCACUGUCCUAAAGUGCUCUCAGGGUGGCACCACUGCUCUCUGAACAAGUUGCCUUGGUCAGAGGGAUUCAGGUUUGGGACAGCACAAGCUGAAGGCUGGAGAGUAACUUGCAUAGUAGGACCAUACCUAUUCCUUUCCCAUCCCACCCACAUAUGAUAGACAGCCCCUCUGUUGAGAUAUGGAGGGGGUAGAUAUUGGAAUCGGGGGUGGGACUUGCAGUUACUUAAAAUAUUUGAAUAAACUGUGCCCUGAAACCUAAA